UUUCAAUAUGCAAUUUUUAUAAAUAUGGUAUGUCGCGGAGAGGGACAGUAGGCUACAAAGUUAUCCACCCUCCUUGAUGAACUCAGAUGCCUUGCCUAGCCUGACCAAUAAGAGCCUGAUUUAACUUAUUUAGGCUACAGCCCUCCCCUAUGCUCCACAGGCGAAUCAGGGAGCAAUCCUACCCGCGACGCACUUUAACAAGUCUGCUGCAAACAAACAAAGUAAAAAAGCCAAGUGAACCAACGACAACGAGAUGGAAGAUGGGCAUUAACUAUUCGUUCUCGUUCACUGAAAAGAUUCGUUCCUGAACAGAAAUUCGUUCACUAACAUGGCUUACUUCACGUCUCAUCUUCGAGUGGAUUUCAACAUAGUUAGAGGGUCGGUCAGUGAGGCUAACGAGUUGAGUUGUCAUUGCUGAAUUAAGAGCCAGUUUGAAGUCUAUACUCACAUAAAACAUCUUUGGAUGAGACUUUAAUAUUAAACUGGAACAAAUAUAGGCGUCUGGACAGACCUAGGAUUUUCAGAUAGACGGGCUCCAGACAGACCUUUCCUAUGAUGAAAUGGACAAUGGCGGUCACUUAAGAAAAACCCACUUUUAUCGCAAACUGGGUAAGAACCAGGAUGUGGAGGGUCGCAGAUUCGUCAUUUCACGAUAGCCUGGGAGAUGUUCAGUAGGCUACUUAUUUUACAACUAAAAACACAUCAUCAUCGGCACAUUGAUCAGCCGGUCUCCAAUCAUGCAAGAUAAAUCAGGAGCAGUGGUCAGCGAUGUGCACAUCGACUUGAACUGAAGGACUUACGUGCAGUUACUCUGUGGUCACCAUGGGGACGGCCUCUUCACUGGUGAGCCCCGGUGAGGUCAUUGAAGACGCCUAUGGUGGCGAGGGGGGCGAAGCGUGUGAGAUACCCGUGGAGGUGAAGCCCAAAGCACGUCUCCUGCGCAGCUCCUUCCGCCGCGGCCCCAGGGUGAUCGGCGCCAGCUUCAAAUCCACUGGGUCUGUGGACCUCGAGUACACCGCAGAAUACGAGCGUCUUCGUAAAGACUAUGAAAUCUUCAGAGUCAGCAAGAAUAACGAGGUUGCGUCCAUGCAAAAGAAAGAGGCCAAGUUGGAUGAAGAAAACAAGCGACUGCGUGCUGAGCUACAGGCUUUGCAGAAAACCUAUCAGAAGAUCUUGCGUGAGAAAGAAAGUGCUGUGGAGGCUAAGUACCAGGCCAUGGAGAGGGCCUCUACAUUUGAACAUGACCGAGACAAGGUCAAGCGACAGUUCAAGAUAUUCCGGGAAACAAAAGAGAAGGAAAUUCAGGAUCUCUUGCGAGCAAAGCGGGAUCUAGAGUCAAAGCUGCAGCGGCUACAGGCUCAAGGUGUCCAGGUAUAUGAGCCAGACGACUCUGACUCCGAAGAGAACCAAACCACAGUGACCGCGGUUGGCAUGCAGUGUGAGUACUGGGGCGGGGGAGCGCUGGGCAGUGAGCCCUCUAUGGGCAGCAUGAUGCAGCUCCAGCAGAGCUACCGGGGACCAGAGUUUGCUCACAGUCUAAUGGAUGUGGAGGGACCCUUCGCCAACGUCAGCAGGGAUGACUGGGAUACAGCUGUGGCCAGCCUGUUGCAGGUGUCUCCUCAUAUCUCUAAAGGCCUCUGGAGCAACACAGUGCGGUGCUAUGUCAUCCACACAGAGGACACCAGAGAUGAGCUCCAUCACUUUAUUGAGAUGUAUUCUCCCACAUUGCGGAGGCUUUGUGAGCGCUUGGGCCACUUCUAUCUGAAUGUGUAUUUUCCCGAGGACACAGCCAGUGUUGCAGAACGGCGACGAGAGAUGGAGAGGAGCUCGAUAUGUGUCUUACUACUUAAACCCUCUGCUAACAGUCUCUGUAGCUAUGUGUUAGAGGACGCAGAGGAGGCUUUUGUCAAGACCCCAGACUCCAGGCCUCUCCUAUUGUACCUUCGAACAGUGGAUGGGAAAGAUAGCAUCAGUGGGACCACCAGAGAACUGCUGGAAAGGGUCAACAAUGCAGACAAAAAUGCAAAGAUCAAGGUAGUGGACCACGCUGGAUCUCCAGAGGACGGGGCUGCUCUGAUCCACCAUCAACUGGAGAAAAUAAUAAAGCAGGAUUUGUUGGGCUUGAAGCUAGUUGAUGACGGUGAGCAUUUGGAUCUGUUGGAGGACCAAGCCGAGGUGGAGGCCAGUGAUGUUCUGUGGGACGAACAUGAUGAACAAGAACAGAUUGAAACCUAUCAGAAGAUAUGCAGCUCUACAACCCACCUUCAUUUUGACAAGUAUUUAACUCGUCUGAAUGACCUGGUGGCGGCUCCUCCUCCCACUCCCCCACUGUUGGUGUCUGGUGGACCAGGCUCAGGGAAAUCUGUCCUGCUUGCCAAAUGGAUUGAACUGCAGCAAAGAAACUCUCCCAACACAGUCAUUCUCCAUCACUUUGUUGGUCGGCCUUCAACUACAAGUGCAGAGCCUGUGCUCAUCAUCAAGCGUCUUACUGUCAAGCUGUUACAGCACUUCUGGUCCAUAUCAGGGCUUACUAUGGACCCAUGCAAGGUCCUGGAAGACUUUCCUCGCUGGCUGGAACGCUUAUCAGCACGUCGUCAUGGCAAUAUUAUCAUUGUCAUUGAUUCCGUCGAUCAGAUACAGAAUGCAGAGCGAAACAUGAAAUGGCUGAUUGACCCUCUGCCUGCUAAUGUCCGAGUGCUGGUGUCAGUCAAUGUGGAGACGUGCCCACCGGCCUGGAGGCUGUGGCCUACAGUACACCUCGACCCCCUGAGCAGCAAAGACAUAAGGAGUAUGAUCACCAUGCACUGUAUGACAGCUGAGAUUAACCUCAGCAAAGAACAGGAGAAGAAAUUGGAGAGACACUGUCGGUCUGCACCUACUUGUAAUGCUCUAUACAUUUCCCUUUUGGCCAGACUUUUAACAGACAGUAGGUUUGGCUGGUCGCUGGAGGAGACUCUUCAGCAGUGUGUAAUGUGUCACGAUACAGUGUCACUGUUUCAAUUUGGCCUGAGGAUGAUGCUAGACUCGCUAAGGACAGAUGAAGAGAGACACAUUAUGAAACAGUUGCUCUGUUUAUUGUAUGCCAGUCAUAAUGGAGUCAGUGAGUCAGAGCUGUUGGAGUUACUGCCAGAGCUGGCCUUCCCCACCCUCUCCUCUUGGCUCUUCAGACUGGAGUACCUGCUGGUCCUGACCCUGGGCUGUGGCAUCAUCCACUUCAGACACCUACAGGCAUGUGAGGCAGUCAGACUUGAGCUGUUGGACGGAGGGGAAACGGUGGCCACAUACAGAGAAAGGCUCAUCCAACACUUCAGCAAGCAUCUCAGUCAACACAGGGUGACGUGGCGAGUAGCUGAUGAGUUGCCAUGGUUACUACAGCAACAAGAGGAUAAGACGAAGCUCCAACUAAGUCUGCUGAAUUUGUUUGUGUCUCAGAAUCUGUACAAGAGGGGGCAUUUUUCAGAGUUGUUGACCUAUUGGCAGUUUGUUGGGAAGGAUAAGGUGUCCAUGGCAACAGAAUACUUUGUGUCCCUGAAGUGCUAUGAGCAGAGCUGUGAGACUGAGGACAGCAUGAGACGCCUGGCCAACUUGUAUGAGACGCUCGGCCGUUUUCUCAAGGACCUUGGUCUGCUCACUCAGGCAGUAGCACCUCUGCAGCGCUCCCUGGAGAUCCGUGAGACUGCGCUGGACCCAGACCACCCGAGUGUGGCACAGUCUCUACACCAGCUGGCUGGAAUCUAUGUUCAAUGGAGGAAGUUUGACAAUGCAGAGCAGCUCUACAAGCAGGCGCUGGAGAUCAGUGAAAGCGCUUAUGGUCCAGAACACGGUUCAGUUGCACGAGAACUUGAUUGCCUUGCCCUACUUUACCAGCAGAAGAACAAGUACGAACAGGCUGACAAGUUGAGAAAGAGGUCUGUUAGGAUUCGUCAAAAGAUGGCUCACCAAAAAGGCCAUAUGUACGGCUUUACUUUGCUGCAUCGACGGACUCUGCAGCUGGAGGAGCUGACGAUGGGGAAUGACUCUGCUGACUGUGCCAAAACCCUCAACGAACUAGGAGUUCUCUACUACCUGCAGAACAAUUUGGAGACAGCUAAAAUGUUCCUGAGCCGUUCUCUGGAGAUGCGCCAGCGUGUUCUAGGGCCAGAGCACCCAGACUGCGCCCAGUCACUCAACAACCUGGCAGCUCUGCACUGUGAGUGCCACGAACACGAGAGUGCAGAAGAGCUCUAUGAGCAGGCGCUGGACAUACGCAAACGAGCCCUCGCUCCAGACCAUCCCUCCCUGGCCUACACCAUCAAGCAUCUUGCCAUACUAUACAAACGCAGGGGUAAGCUGGAGAAGGCGGUCCCUCUGUAUGAACUGGCACUGGAGAUUCGUGAAAAGAGUUUUGGGCUGAAGCACCCCAGUGUGGCCACUGCAUUGGUCAACUUGGCCGUCCUUUACUCCCAACUGAAAAAGCAUAGCGAAGCAUUGCCCCUCUAUGAGCAGGCUUUAAGAGUGUAUGAGGACAGUCUAGGGACAUCUCACCCUCGUGUCGGAGAAACACUGAAGAACCUGGCUGUGCUUAAUUAUGAGAAAGGCGACUUUGAGAAGGCUGCCGAGCUCUACAAGCGUGCAAUGGAAAUAAAGGAUGCAGAACCGUCACUGGUCUGUGGCAAAGCAGCUUCGGUCCACUCAUCCAACGGAGACACUUUCAGCCUCAAAAGCCCUAGCUUCCACCCUCACACACCCAAAUGAUAUUGACCUUUGGCCUCCACCCUCAGACACCCAAAUGAUAUUGACCUUUGG